UUUCAAUUUCAUUUUUUUUUUCUCAGUGAAAAAUCUCAACUUGUCUUCUCUUCUUUUUCGUUCUUCCUUCCGCUUUCUUCUUUCCUGCUUUUCCCUCUCUACCACCACUUUUCCUUCUUCAACAUCAUCCAAUCGUCUAACUAACAUCACCUUCCUUCACUCUCUUUACCUACUGCUUUGGAUUUUAGUAUUUCACUCCCUUUUAGCUCUCAAGCUUCUUGCUUUAUCUGUUUACCAAAGUCUUUCUAGUUCGCAUACCGCGCAAUCGUCUGGGAUUUCUUCUGGGAGGUUAACAAAGAAGGGUCCGAUGAGUUCAACUCCGAACCCACUUUCGGAAAUAUCCCCAUCGCCGUCUCCGUCGUCCACGACGGCGCCGGCUUUGGUGCUGUCGAACUCCGGGAAGAGAAUCGACCAAGCUGGGAAGAAGAAGUACGUGAAGCAAGUGACUGGACGGCACAACGAUACCGAGCUUCACUUGGCGGCUCAACGGGGAGAUCUCGCUGCCGUGAAGCAGAUCCUCGGCGACAUCGAUUCUCAGAUAAUGGGGACUUUCAGUGGCGAUGAUGUGGACACAGAGAUAGCUGAGGUGAGAGCAUCUGUUGUGAAUGAAGAGAAUGAAUUGGGAGAGACUGCUCUGUUCACAGCCGCGGAUAAAGGACAUCUUGAUGUUGUCGAGGAAUUGCUUAAGUAUUCAAAUAAGGAGACUCUUUCCAAGAAGAAUCGCUCAGGCUUUGAUCCAUUGCAUAUUGCUGCAAGUCAAGGCCAUCAUGCCAUUGUCCAGGUUCUCCUAAAGUUUGAUCAAGGAUUAAGCAAAACAUUCGGCCCAUCAAAUGCUACUCCACUGAUAUCUGCAGCAACAAGAGGGCACACGGAAGUGGUAAAUGAACUGCUGUCGAAGGACGGUAGCUUGUUGGAAAUCCCUCGGUCCAAUGGCAAAAACGCAUUGCAUUUAGCUGCGCGUCAGGGCCAUGUAGAAGUUGUAAAAGCACUGCUCGGUAAAGACCCACAAUUGGCACGGCGGACUGACAAGAAAGGACAGACUGCCUUGCAUAUGGCUGUGAAAGGACACAGUUGUGAUGUGGUUAAACUGCUUCUUGAGGCAGAUGCAGCCAUUGUUAUGCUUCCCGACAAAUUUGGUAACACAGCGUUACAUGUAGCUACCAGAAAAAAGCGAGCAGAGAUAGUGAAUGAAUUAUUGAGACUACCAGACACCAAUGUUAAUGCACUAACCAGAGACCACAAAACAGCUCUUGACAUUGCUGAAGGUCUUCCGCUCUCAGAAGAAUCUACGGACAUAAAGGAAUGCCUCUCUCAUUUUGGGGCCCUUAGAGCUAACGAUCUCAACCAACCAAGAGAUGAACUGAGGAACACUGUUACUCAGAUCAAGAAAGAUGUUCACAUCCAGCUUGAACAAACCAGGAAAACCAACAAAAAUGUUCAUAAUAUUUCUAAAGAGUUAAGAAAACUCCACAGGGAAGGAAUUAACAAUGCCACAAACUCGGUGACUAUUGUGGCUGUGUUGUUUGCUACGGUUGCUUUCGCUGCUAUUUUCACUGUACCAGGUGGUGAUGAUGAUGAUGGCAGUGCAGUGGUAGCGAGCAGUUCGGCUUUUAAAAUCUUCUUCAUCUUUAAUGCUAUUGCACUUUUUACAUCCUUGGCUGUUGUCGUUGUUCAAAUUACCUUGGUUAGAGGGGAAACUAAAGCUGAGAAACGGGUGGUGGAGGUGAUUAACAAGCUGAUGUGGUUGGCUUCUGUUUGUACUUCUGUUGCAUUUAUCGCUUCCUCUUACAUAGUCGUCGGUCGGAGGAAUGUGUGGGCAGCGAUUCUGGUUACAGUAGUUGGGGGAGUGAUAAUAUCUGGAGUUAUUGGCACAAUGACUUACUAUGUGGUGAAGUCCAAGAGAGUCAGAUCAAUGAGGAAGCAGAAAUAUGCCAAAAGAAGUGGAUCCAACUCAUGGCAUCAUUCUGAAUUCUCCAAUUCAGAGGUUGAACGGAUUUACGCUCUUUAAUCUCAAAUUCGUGGUCCUGGCUGAAAACAUCAGACCAAGUUAUGAUGAAAAACUGACAGGUGUUCGAUAUUUGCGCGCCACACCGUAUCACUGCUUCUAGAGUGAAAUAAGAAACUGUGUUGUUCACUAUGCUGGAAUAUGUUGUUAAAGCUUGGUCUUCAUUCUAGUUGUGUGUUGCAGAGCCUAUAGUGCAUCUUGAUCGCCCAGGUAAAAUAGAUGCCAUUUAUGGUUUGUUGAUACUGUGAUUUGCAGAGAAAGAAGAAAUCAAACAAUGAUCUUGUUCUCGAUUUCUGAUGUAACUGGAGAUAUCUUGGGGCUAAUCAACACGGAUGAAUAUUUCAUGAUGCAUGAUGUGUUCAUUGUAAUAAUUUGUGAUGUGAGAUGAAAAUCCGAGCUUGCAAUAUAUGAUUUUUAUUUCCCCCUUUUGGUUA